AUGCCCGAUGCGCUGAUCAUCCACCGGAGCAUGAGGAACUACCGGCUGACGUCGGAGACGACUUCGAUGUUCUACUGGGCUCUGGAGCACCACCGCGAUCAGCACACCCCCUUCGGCUCGGACACCAGCGUCCUGCAACAGCUGUUCACGACCAAGUCGCUGUUCCGCUCGGCCAAGCUUGCGCCCAAGAUCUCGCCCGUGUACAUCGUGGAAGUGCUCACCAGGAGCAGCGCUCCACAGCAGGAGUUGGCAAAGUACUUGUCGCUGGUGAAGGAUGCAGCAGUGCGCUUCCGUCUUGCCAAGGCUGCACAGUGCCACGACUCGGCCAUUGACGCGUUGGUUGAGCUGAGGGAUGUGGAUGGGUUGCGUGCGUAUGGCUUGCGGGAUGGGGUGGCUGGCAACCGCGCCUUGACUGCUCGCAUCUCCUCCCUCUUGCGCAGCGACCCCAAGCGAUGGGCUUAGCCUAGAUUGCAACACCAUAAAUUGAUCAACACAAAA